AGUGACAACCUUCGCGUUCACAUUUACCAGCCAGCACCCAAGGCAUCGGCUUUGGCGGGGCACACAGGUUACCAUAGCAAUGGUGAGCAUGGUAACGAUGCCCGUCGAUGCCGUCAGCGUGUCGAUUGGUAUCUGCACAUCAGGGCCAGCGAAGACGGUGCCAGUUUGCGGCUUGACCGCUCACUCCUAGACGCCGAUGGAGGUUGCUUGUUCCUAGCUAUGGUGUACUUUGACUCUGCGGCUCGAUUCCUGGCGUCCACCACACCAGCCAUGGUCGAUACCUCUACCCCACAGUGUGCCUCGGACCUCGGAACCGUCCUGGCGGCCAUAUUUGAUCGGCAAGUGCGCGACGCGAUGCUGCGCGACGCGAGCACGUGGAGCAGACGCCCGGGCCUGCGUGCCCAGCUGCGAAGCCUCAACGUUCCUCACGCAGGCGUCGCCGGUGCCACGGGCCGUGUUUCCCGGUCUGGGCAACGACGGCGACGGGAGCGUCAAGGUUGCAGCAGCGGCACCGACACUGGAGGUGGAGGCAGGGACAACUCGGAGGAGCACUCGUCGGGUGAUUGCCAGCGGGCCCUGCAGUGGUUCAUGGCACGCAGGACGGAUCAAUACUGCACCGACCUGAUGACAUUCAAUCACAUAGUUCCAUCGAAAUUCAACACUUGCUCAGUGCUUCGUCUCCAUGGUGCUACACUCCUGAGUGUGCAUGCUGCUCAGUGUAAUAUUACUGGAUCAUGCGCCGGCAAGAAGCUGUCACAUGACUUUGCAACAACGUCGCAUGAUCCUAUCACUCGGUGUUGUCCACCACCUAAGUCAUGUGAUGAAACCGGCCCGGGCGAUGAUGUCAACGGGUCACGUGUACUGGGAAGAUCACAUGAUGAUGAUGUCAGUAGGUCAAAUGCACUGGGAAAAUCACAUGAUAAUGAUGUCACCGGGUCACAUGAAGUGGGAAGGUCACGUGAUGAUGAUGUCAUCAGGUCACGUGCAGCACCUGCAACAACAACACCAGCAAUUACAGCAGCGGCAGCAACCAAAGCUACAGCAGCAGCAGCAGCGGCAGCAGCAACCAAAGCGACAGCAGUGGCAGUUACGACGACAGCACCAAUACGAGCGACAGCGGGAUCAGUAACAAGCAACGGAGGACAUACUGACGGACCGUCACUCCACAAUGCCACGCCUGCAGGCAUCGCUAGUACUCGUACUGCGCAUGACGAAUUUGCAAGAUCACCGCCGCGCGUAUCGAGUACCGACGUGGACUCUCGAGGCACCUGUGAUCCUCCGCACUCAGGCUCUGUAAUGGUUUGCCUGCUUGCCGAAGCUAUACCAGCUGUGCUCGGUGUCUGCAGUGAUACGGAGCCUUCGGUGGGGAAUUCCCUUUCUUCUAGUCGUGUGUACAGUGUGGAGAAGAUCGGGAAACACCACUGUCUGGCCUGGCCAAAUAGUGAUGUCAUGACUCUGCGCGAUGAUGUCAUCGCUGCCCAUGAUGAUCAUAAUGAUGACGUAAUGUGCCGCAGCACGACUACAUGCACCGGUCCACGAAAUCACACUACAUGCCAUGGUAGUGCUGGUGUGACCCAUGCCCGGGAUUCUACUCCACAGUGCGGGGCCAGUGAGAGUGAUGAUGUCAUCCAGCACUGUCAACAUACCGGUGACGUCAUAGCCGCUGCAGUCGACUGUGGAUAUUGCGGUACAGUUGGUAAUUGUAACUGUGCAUUAGCGAAGGAAAGCGCAAGGUCAUGUAGCACUGCAGAGCGACGCAAUACAUCUCAGAACGGUACCGAAAGCAGCAACAUAGGCACGUCUCAACAAGAAUUACAGAUUCCUCCACCACCGCCAUCUGCGGAUACUGUGCAUUCCGGAGAUGGUGGUGAUAAGCAGGUGGUGCGGCGCGACGCUCGCUUGAGCACACCUGCCGACGACUCUGCCUGCUUCCCGUGCCACGCCGUCCCACAGCUGCUGCAGUCGGCACGGCGACACCUGAUGUCGUCAUGGAAACACGGUGCCGCGCUGGAAGCCGAGCGCAACGCCCUGGAGCUGCUCGCGCUGGAUGGUGCCACGUUGCCCGCGGUGAUCAAGACGAAGAAAUCAGCUUCAAAGCAACGCAGUAAAGGCAAGGCGAGAGCUGGGAAACCGAAAUCGUCUAAACAAGUAUCCGGUGUGAAAGCAGCUGCAUCAUCAAGCAAACACGUUAACAACUCCCCUGUCGGUGAUCGUGUACAUCAUGUACGACUUCCUGAAGAACGACAAGAAGGCAGCUGUGCGUCGAGCUGUGUAUCCAGCAAGAAUGUUACAAAUGCUGCAGAGCCACCGGGCAUUGUCACCACCCACGAUGGUGCGUGUGAAGUCGGUCACGAUGGUGUUUGUGAAGUCGAGCCCUCACGCCAUGGUGUGUAUAGAAGUGGUGCGCGCGGCGGAGUGGGUCCUCGCUGUGCAAGUCGAGAUGGCAGUCUGGAUUCGUGCCUGGGUAGCAGUCACUCCUCGUUGUCUUCGUCUUGCUGCGACAGUCUUGAUCGCGACAGUGCAGUGAAGUGCUGCGGUGCUCACGGUGAGGCUGAUGCCACACGCAUGCAGUCAUUGGCGGCGACAAGAACACCAACAUCAUCACCACCGCUAUCAUUGGUGACUACAACAGCAGCAGCAACACCGACAUCAUCAUCGUUAUCAUCGGUGACUACAACAUCACCACCAACACCGACACCAUCACCACCGUUGAUAGCAACAGUACCAUCGAUAUCAUCAGUAGCUACAUCAGCAACAGCAUUGCCAUUUCGAUCAUUGAUUGCUACAACAACGGCAGCAAAAAUACCAGCACCACCACCACUAGCAGCAGCAACAACAGCAGCAGCAACAACAACAGCGGCAGCAACAGCGGCAGCAAAAACAGCAGCAGCAGCAGCAAUAACAGCAGCAGCACCACCACCACCAGCAGCAACAACAGCAGCAGCAGCAAAAGUAGCAGCAACAACAACAGCAGUAGCAGCAGCAGCAACAACAACAGCGGCAGCAACAGCAGUAGCAGGAGCUAGAGAAGCAGGAGCACCAGCGGCCACUCCACGGACACCAGCGGCAACUCCAGAAACGCCAGCCAUAUCCCUGCUUGCACCUCCACCAACGCCUCCGCAAAGGCCACCAGGAAUGCCAGCGAUGCCACCACUAACCGUAGGGAUGGAUAUUGCAGUGACACCACCCGCUACAAUAAUUUCCCUUGGGGCAUAUGCACAAGUAGCAGGAGCAUUCGCACCUACACUGUCAUUAGCACCAACAUCAUCCACAACUGCAGUGGUAGCAGCAGCACAGCCACCGCAACAAGCAUCACCAGCAGUGUGGCAAGGUGCAGCGGCAGAAAUGACGCUAGCGCUAGCAGCCGCCCCGGUAACUAGAUCUGCCAAGGGUACAACAUCUGUCAAAGGUACGACAUCUGUAAAAGGUGCAACAUCUGCCAAAGGUACAGCAUCUGUCAAUGGUACUACAUCUGUCAAGGGUGCAGCAUCUGCCAAGCGUACACAAUCUACCGUGAGCACUAGAAAAGGUGUGUCAGCAUCAGCCCACACAAGCCCAUCAGUGCCGACAGCAUCACCAUUAUCACCAGCAGCAGCAACAUCGGCAACAACAACAUCCAUGACAGCAGCUGCACCAGCAGCAGCAGUAUCAACAAAGGCAGCAGCAGUACCAAUACUAGCACCAGUAGCAACCACAAAGGCAACAGUGGCAGCAACAGCAGUGGGAGUAGUAACAGCAACAUCAUCAGCAGUGACAUCAUCAGCAGUGACAUCAUCAGUAGUGACGUCAUCAGUAGUGACAUCAUUGGCAGCGGCAUCAUCAGCAAUGACAUCAUCGGCUGUGACAUCAUCAGCAGGAACAUCAUCGGUAGGGACAUCAUUGGCAGCGGCAUCAUCGGUGGUGACGUCGUCUCUCAGUGGCAGUGGGCACAUGACUGCACUUCAGUACUCUGGGCCUGGCUGUAGGCAGCAGAAUCCGCCAUUAGACGCUGUGCCUGUAACAUACCGCAAUACUCAUACAGUGCCAACACACCUUGCAGACCGAAACCCAACGAGUUCAUCCCGCUUCACGUCCUGCUCUACUCACGUCGAAUGCCAUGAAUCCAGGGCAACGGUGCCCUCAAACACAACGUCUGGUAGGGAAAGCCCCGAGUGGUUCAUCGCUGGCCGUACCCGUAACCGUCAACCGAACACGUCUUCACCAAUGCACCGUCGAGUGGGUGAGAGAAGGUCUGGAAAGCGCACGGUGGCAACAGCGCACGUCACCUCUAAAGUCGGUACGUCGCAAUCACGACAAGUUGCCUCCACUCGGGACUCAAAGCAUACUACGUCCUGCGGAUGCGCGAGCAGUUGCUCUGCCAGCACCACCAGCAUCACCACCACCACCGCUGUACCUACAUGCAGCCCAGACUGGUGUUCACAUUCCACAACCAGUCUCCAUCGUCAAGUCUCCUCACCCUGCACCAGCACCAGCACCACCACCACCAAAGCCACCUCCACCCCCUGUACCACCAUACCUGGAAGCAGCCCAGCCUGGUGUUCACAUCCCACAACCAGUGUCCACCAUCAAGUUUCUUUGCCCUGCACCACCAACAGCACUCCUUUCCUGGACUCGGCCGCCUGGCCUCCGCUGCUAGUUGCUAGCGGCAACGGUGAAACGUCCAGGACUGGGUGCGAGGGAGCGGCAACCAGUCACCGGCUACUAAUGAGUGAAGCAGACGGCGUGGUUUCCCGUCUGUCUGAAGGUUCGCAGCCGCAAAGUGAAUGUGUUGACAAAGCGAACACACAGACUAUCGGGGAAACACCGCCAGAGCUGCAGGUUAGCACCAUGAACGCAGGCAGUGACAUCUGCCCUGAUACCAUGACCUAUGGCAAUGUCCCAUGCGUACGUGAUGCGAGCUGCGGACGCGGUGCUGUACUCGGCGACGAUGCGGUGCCCUCCAGGACAUGUGCAACAGCUUCUGCCCGUUGCUAUGACAAUGGAGACGCCUCACCGCCAAAAACCCUCCGUCGGCGACAGCAUCACGGAGGGCAGCGCAGCCGAAACCACCAGCACCGUUGUUCAACGGGCCGACAGGUCACUAUGGCAACACGGCAACCCUCUGCUAGUACGCACGACGGCAGAUGUACUUCAGGCGGCUACAAUCCACACCCUGCAAGGAGCACAGUUCGCAACUCAACCGGUGAGUCUGCAAGUCGUUCAAUGACAUCCUUGCCAGUACAGAACACAUCAAUGACAUCACUGCCAGUACAGAACACAUCAAUGACAUCACUGCCAGUACAGAAUACAUCAAUGACAUCACUGCCAGUACAGAAUACAUCAAUUACAUCAUUGCCAGUACAGAGUACAUCAAUGACAUCAUUGCCGGUACAGAAUACAUCAAUGACAUCAUUGCCAGUACAGAAUGCAUCAAUUACAUCAUUGCCAGUACAGAAUACAUCAAUGACAUCAUUGCCAGUACAGAAUACAUCAAUGACAUCAUUGCCAGUACAGAAUACGUCAAUGGCAUCAUUGCCAGAACGGAACACGUCAACCACACCCUUUCCAGUACGGAGCACGUCACACUUUGGUCAGUUGUACCCGGGCGCAGUGCAAACAGCUGCGUCAAUCAGUCAUCAACACGUUCAACCUGCAUCGAUGUGUGCCUGUGGUACCACACUGGUUUGCCCGACAUGUGGAUGCAGCCUUGCCGCAGAGAACAGAGCAACAAGUGUGCGCCAAUGGCCCUCGCUCCCGGCCCUGCCUCGCGCCACGGCUGGAGCAACUGACACGCAACUGACGCAAUGCCGAUCGCUGAAUGUGGUGCUGCCCUCGUUGUAUUGCGUUCAGCCGGAUCGGCGUUUCGGACACGUGCCGAUGAUGGCGUUACCAAUGACAACCCUGGCAUCACUCGUCGCCACGGAUACACACACACGCCCCACACACACACGCCCGUCUGUCCAACAAGCUAUGGAAUCGUUGGUCAGCACGGAUACUCGCUCGUCUGUCCAACAAGCAAUGGAAUCGCUCGUCACGAUGUCCCAUUAUCAGCCGUGUAUGCAUCCAUCCCAGCAACAGCAGCACAAUCAACACCAGGAUUUAGUUAACAUCGCUGCACGACCAACGGUCGUAGACCAGGCUGACAUGCUACCCGCAGUCAAGUGUUUUCAAGCUGCGAUUCCGUCGACUCUGCUGUACACUCCUGAAUCGCUGACUCGCGAUGGAUCCAAGCCACUACGUGGCCACACUCAGCUAACCCAGGCAAGUAGACCACCUCCUACUGCCUGUCAUAUUGAACACGGUGUUGGGCCAAACAUGCCGGAACACGAGGCCCGCCACCCAGGCACGCUGGUAUCAUUGGAAACUAAAAUUCAGGCUCUUCCACAGGAGCCGGUCCCGCAAUUGUCUACGGGAAGAAUUCUGUCCUAUCCAUAUGCGGCGCAGCCUGGAAUUCAAUUCCCGGGCCUUCAUCGCGUUCAGGCCAAUUUGCACGGAUCUCAGACUAUUCCGGGUGGAAUUCAGUCACUGCCAACUGGAUUUCAAACAUUGCAGCAUGGACUUCAGGAAAUCCCGCACACCCAGCCUCCGUUCCCAUCCUUUCCAACAGCUCAACAAAGUCAUUUGCGUCAGCUGCACGAACCGAUAACAGCACCCCCAGUUACCCACGUCGACUACAUCAAUAUGCUACCGAUAUCACCAUGCUCCCAUCAGCAGCAAUACCAGCAGCAGCACCCGCAGCAAGACCGUCAGCAGCUACAGCGAACCCACCUCCACAAUAACCACCACCAGCAACACUACCGCCACCUCCACCAACAGAACCAACAGCCACACCAGCAGCAGCAGCAGCAACAGCAGCAGCAACAACAUCAGCAACCGCAACAGCAGCUGCAGCAGCAGCAGCAGCAGCAGCAGCAACAACAUCAGCAACCGCAACAGCAGCUGCAGCAGCAGCAGCAGCAGCACCAACGGCAACAGCAGCAGCACUAUCAGGCCGUUUCCACAUUGCCAUGCAGCAGAGACAAUGAUGUAAUGGAUGACAUCAUGCAUACAGUAUUGGAUGACGUGAUGGGUGACGUGAUGACGGAUGAGACUGUAUGCAGUGUGUUGCUAUCACCUGUGUGUAUGCAGCGCAUAGCGCAGCUAGUUCGAUCACAGUUACCUGUGAGCAGGGCAUCAGCACUGCAGCCUCUGCCGGAGUCCAUCGUCAACAAAUCCCUAUGCCAGUAUCCACACUCACCAGUCACGCGUAGUGAUGAUGAAUGCGGGCAACUGCGACGCCUAGCAGAUCCAGUCUGGAUGGACGUGGAGCACGGUCUGGCUUCGUGUGCUGAAUUGCGCACACUGCUAGCGCAGGCACACGUUCCCGUUCACCAAUGGCGCGCAGCCACUUGGCUAUCUCUAGCCAAGUGUCGUUGAUUGUGCCGUACAAUCAACAGUUUUUGAGAAGACACUUUGAAAAGUUUUAAUGUCAUCAUUACAACUAUCUUCUGUUCAUCACGUCACCAUGGUAAUUUAUGUAUGCCUUAUCACCAUGGUUACGUCUGGUCAUCACAUUGUCAUGGCUACUUCUUUUUCCCACGUCACCGUGGUUACUUUUGUGCACCAUGUCGCCAUGGUAAUUUCUGUUCUUCAUGCUACCAUUGUAAUUUCUGUUCAUCACUCUCUUGGACCAAUGCACCCUCCUCGUCCAUUAUCAUUAUUCUUGAGCUGUGCAUGAGAAUUAAAUUCCUUCCAUAUUUGACCUUGAUCAUCAGGGUGGUGAUUGGGCUGUUUGUAGGAGAUGACAUCAUUUUGAAUUCAAGUGUAGCUGUUGAAUGCAUCCCUCUUUUUCUUUUCUUUUGCUCAACAGUAGACAGUAUAAUAUUUAUGGACUUGCUGACAGUAGGUAAACAGUGACAUUGUAUGGCCUAUGGGGCGAUCAUGUUC